UCCUUCCACUCUCAUCAUCAUCAAUCUGGUUCUCUUCCCCUCAAUCUUUGAAGACUAGAAGGAAGAAGCACCAAAAUGCAUCUCCUGCCAACCCUCCUCCCUCUCCUCCCCCUUCUCCUCCCCCAAGCCCUCACCUCCCCAACGCCUCAACCCAGGACCACCCCAAAAGACCUGACCCCCCUCCCCCUCAUCAUCUGGCACGGCCUCGGCGACACCUACACCAACCCCUCCCUCACCGCCCUGACGGAGGUGGUCACCCGAAUCCACGAAGGCACCUACACGCACCUCAUCCACCUGGGCGACGACGCCGCCACCGACCGCCGCAACACCUUCCUGGGCAAUCUCACGACCCAGAUCGCCGACGUCUGCGCCCAGCUCGCCGCGGACCCGAUCCUGUCCACCGCCCCCGCCGUCAACGCCAUCGGCUUCUCCCAGGGCGGCCAGUUCCUGCGCGCCUACGUCGAGCGCUGCAACGCGCCGCCCGUCCGCACCCUCAUCACCUUCGGGAGCCAGCAUAACGGGAUCACCAAGUUCCAGGCGUGUCGGUGGGGGGAUCUGGUGUGUUUGGGCGCCGAGGCGUUGCUGCAUGCUGGGCGGUGGAGUGGGGUUGUGCAGGGGGGUUUCGUGCCGGGGCAGUAUUUUCGGCCGCAGGCGGGUCAAUCGGAGAUGGAGCUCUACCUCCAGCACAGCAAUUUCCUGGCGGAUGUGAAUAAUGAGCGCGAGGUCAAGAAUGAGACGUAUAAGGAGAAUUUGAGCACGCUGGAAAAGUUUGUGAUGCUUAUGUUUGAGGAGGAUGGGGUGGUGCAUCCGAAGGAGUCUGCGUGGUUUGCCGGGGUGGAUGCUGAUGGCGUGGUGGUUGGGUUGAGGGAUAGGCAGAUCUACAAGGAGGAUUGGAUUGGGUUGCGGGAGUUGGAUGAGAAGGGCGCCUUGGUGUUUCGGACUGUGCCUGGGAGGCAUAUGGAGAUUGGGGAGGAGGUGUUUGAGGAGGUGGUCAGGGAGUUCUUGGGGCCGGUUGAGGUUGAGGUCGAGGGAGGUCGGGAUGCUGAUAAGAGUGUGGGAAGGCCGGGGUUGGUUGUGCAGGGUGCGUUCUAGAUUUGCGAUGCUCCGGGCUGGCCUGCAGGUAUAUACGUUGUGGUGAUUUUGAAGUAUGCUUCGUCAUUGCUUUUAGAUGAUAUUUAUGAUUAGGAUGUAUCCACACUAUCUCCAGUUUACUGACUACGGACUGCUAAUGAUGAAACGAGCAACUG